AUGGCAGCCAAUUUUAGCACUAGUGCUGUUAGCAGCAAUGUUAACUUUCAUGAAGAUGAAGAAGAAGAGGAAAAUGAAAAUGGUGUUUUAAUUCAUGAAGAUGAGUUGAGGAGAGGUCCAUGGACUCUUGAUGAAGACAAACUUCUUGUCCAUUACAUUUCUUUCCAUGGCGAUCGUCGUUGGAAUCAUUUGGCCAAAUCUUCAGGAUUGAAGAGAACUGGUAAAAGUUGUAGAUUAAGGUGGUUGAAUUAUCUAAAACCAGAUGUUAAGCGCGGAAACCUUACUAUUGAAGAACAGAUUUUGAUUAUUCAACUACAAUCGAAGUUGGGUAACAGGUGGUCUAGAAUUGCAAAACAUCUACCAGGAAGAACAGAUAAUGAAAUAAAGAACUAUUGGAGAACACGAGUGCAAAAGCAAGAAAGGCAACGCCUCAAGUUUGACCCUAAUAACAUGCCGGCAUUGUUUCCUGAGGAUCACUCAAUGGGAUGUUUUGCACCUAGGACAACAAUAGGCAUAAUGGGGGAUCAGAAUUGCAGGACUGCUCAUGGUGGUCAAGCCCUCAUAAGUGAUACUGCAAACUGCAGUUCUUCAACAUCAUCAUUGGUUCCAAAUUCAACAAUAAGCAUUUCAACGGCAUUUGUUGACACUUCAAAACACCAUAAUUCUCAAACUGCUAGUAAUAGUACCUACACAACAUCUACUAGCAUUAGUGCUGCUGGGUACGAUAUUAACGAUUAUUCAUUUCCAAAGGCACUUGACUCGAAUUAUCAAAUGAUUAACGACUGCGGUAAUAUUUAUGAUUACAUGGAUGCUUUAAUCAACUUGGGAAACUCGAUAUCGGAUCGUUGCCACAUUACAGAAGACAACACGGUUUUAGACGAUCAGAUGGCAGUACAUGGUCUUUGGAAGUGGUGA